AUGCGACAUCUAACAAAACUGACAAUAGACGUGGGUCAAGAAUGGCGAAUAGAAUAUGUUGAAUUUCUUUCGAAAAUAAUCGAUCUUUCUCUUAUCGAUAAAACCACUUUUAAUCCUGAUUUAGAUCUCAAGUUUAUUCAUAAUACAUUGAACAACAUCUUUAUUCUGAUGGGAUUAGUAUAUAAUCUAAGUACACUCGCAAUUUAUCCUUAUUCUUCUCAUGAUGGUAUUAUCAACAUAGAAGAUAUUUCUUCGAUUAUUCCACGUCAUAUAAAAUAUUUAGAAGUAGCCAUAAAACACAUUCAUGGUAUGAAAGUAAUUCUCGAUCAUCAUGAAUAUUUGUGGAGUCUAACACUUUUAGCAUAUUCUGAUCAGUCAAUACCGUGGUCAGAAUUUAUAGAAGAAUUAGUGUCUAAAAAAACGAUUUCAUCUAUUGGGAAUCGUAUUAUUCUCUACGUAUUUGGCUUGGUCAAAUAUAAUGUCAAUUUUAACAAUAUAUAA